AUGGCGGCGAAAAUGUUCCGCCUGGUGGCUCGGGGUCGUCCCGGUCACUUGCCCAGACGAUGUAACAUUCCUCUGCAGCAAUCACGCACUUUCUUUGGACUGGGAGAAAUCGCCGGAGUCUUGGCCAAUCCGGCAGAGACAGUUCGACAGAUCAAAGAGAGCAAAGAAAUGCUUGAAAAGGCAAAGGAAGAGAACAAGUUGGAGCAAGAAUCGAAGAGAAUCCCGCGGAAGCACACCUUUAGCAAGCUGCCUGGAUUUCAUGGACGGGAGACUGAACAAGCCAUGCUGAGGAAGGUCCUGGCUGGCAAUCCACAACUCAAUGUGAUGUUUGGCGCUACGAGUGUAGGCAAAACUGCUCUUCUCCGGGAAGUGCUUGCCACUGAUGAUUACUUCGUCAUCAAAUUCGACUUGAGGAUCUCCGGGUUCGCAGACCUACGGAGUUUAUAUUAUGCACUAUGCGAACAGUUCCAGACUGUUUUCGACGAGAUGAACGACGAUGAGAUGGAAAAACUAUCGAUUGCUUUCAAACAUCUAAUGCUCAACAUGGAUGAGAAGCCUCUGGAGUACGCCGUUUCUGUUGCUGAUAUUGCCAAUUUGAUGGAGACUUUGCAGUCGUGCCUGUUGAGAUAUCUCAACUAUGACCCGCAAGCCAGGGCGGACGAAGCCAAGAAGGCUGCCAAUCAGGACGACAACCAUGAAGGCGAGGCUCAACAGGACGGCGACCCACCGGCACGCAAGAUUCCGCCACCAGAGAACAGUUCCAAGAAGUCCGGACAAACAGAACAAAGUAGAAAAGAUACCACUGAUGGAAAAGAACCAAGAAUAAUGAAGAAGCGCCCAGUUGUUGUAGUGUUUGACGAGGCACAUAAGCUCCCGGCCUUGAUCAACGACCAACUCAGCCUGAAGGUGCUCUUAGACACGUUCUUAGUGCUCACAAAGCAAGAUAGGCUGUGCCAUGUCAUCUUGUCCACCAGUGAUCCGUUCUUCCAGCACUUUCUACGCUCCAUGAACGUCGGACAUCACUCACAUAUCUUGACAGUCGGCGACUGUACCGAGGAAGAGACUUUCUCAUACAUUCGUGAGCAAGUUCUGCCCACUGUCCCCGAUGAGAUGAGAGGCCAGCUCAACGUGAAAGAUGUGUACGAAGCGUUUGGAGGCAAACUCAGUCAUAUCAGCGACUAUGUAAGCRUCUGGGUCAAUACCGCCGGGGGGACCACACCCUGCCAAAGUGCCAUAUUCACCCAAGCUUACACACUCCUCCAAUUCCACCUGACUCACGAGAGUUUUGAUACUUACUCACCGCUUUCGACGGCCACGUCGUGGAGCGCUGACGAUAAAACGCAAUUCUCACGGAAAGAUCUAUUGCGGGUUAUGCGGUAUCUCGUGAAGCCACCUUAUUCCCUGCCAUACUUUCAGCUUUGCAAGGAGAUUGGGACCGCACAAGUUGACGCGAUGGUCAAGACGAGAGUUUUGGAGCUUCGAUGGACGAAGACGAUUUCCCCUGAACAGGGUUGGAUUGAGAGGGUGUGGAGUAAGGAUGGAGUCGAGCGUCCACUGCUGCUUCCGAUGACGAGGAUCAUGAGGAGAGCAAUGGAAGUUUGUCUGAAAGAAGAGGAUGAGAGGAGGACUGUCGAAGAUGGUGCUAAACAGGAUGACGAGAGGCAAGCUCGAGGCAAAGAUUGA